AUGGACGGACUUCAUUCUCAAAACUUACAAUAUUUGGAAACCCUAUGUCAAGACCUCUAUAACCCAAAAACUCAGGAACAGCGCACGAACGCAGAAAAAUUAUUAGAUUAUGCUUUCCCGCCUUUUUCUGUUACUACAAGAAUACCAAACAGUAGCACCUCACCACCUGUGAACCCCAUUGGGAUAGUUGUUCAGACACCAGCCGAAUGCUCGCUUUACUGUCAAUUACUGCUGCAAAAGUCAAAUUCGCCAUAUGCUCAAAUGUUUGCUUCGGCAAAACUCAAACAUUUGGUCUUGGAUCAUUUCUCAACGUUCUCUUUGCCUCAAAAGAUAGAAUUGAGAAAUUUUGUGCUGAAUUAUAUGGGACAGCAUCCAGAUCAACAACCAUUUGUCAUUGCAUCGUUAGCACAGCUGUUUGCCACUAUCACCAAAGCCGGGUGGUUUGAUAGUGAGGAUUUUAAGAAUGUCACAAGCGAUCUGUCAAGUUUUUUACAGGCAACUGUAGAUCAUAGAGUUAUAGGUUUACAGAUAUUGAGUCUAGUAGUCGAAGAGAUUAAUCUGUCCACGAAUUACGCAAAAAAUUUGGCCAAACAAAGAAAAACAGCCUCUGGAUUUAGAGAUGCUGAACUAUUAGACUCUUUUCGUUUGGGGCUGAAUAUACUGCGACAGUUAUUGAAUGGUGAAGUGCCAUUCAUCAAUGCUCAACAGGAAAUAAGGAUGAAAGAAAAUUGUUUGAUCUUGCUACGCAAUUGCCUGUUAUAUGAUUUCAUUGGGACAACUCCGGAUGAGUCUUCUGAAGAUGCCGGGAGCGUUCAAAUCCCAACUUCUUGGCGAAGUACAGUAGAAGAUCCUGCCUUCCUUCAAACAUUGUUUCAAGCUUACAAAACAUUUCAACCCCCGUUGUGUAGUAAGGUUAUGGAAGUGCUCGUGCUAGUAUCUUCUACUCGUCGGUCUCUGUUUAGCGAAGAAGAACGUGCAAGAUUCAUUCAUGGAAUUAUGCAAGGAACAACAGAGAUACUUAUGCAGUCUAUCCACUUGGAUGAUCUUAAUAGUUAUCACGAGUUUUGUCGGCUACUCUCUAGAUUUAGAUCAACAUAUCAAUGGUCUGAAAUCUCCGAAAAACCGGGAUAUGGUGAAUGGAUAGAUCUGGUUGCUGGUUUUUCAAUUAAAGGAUUUGAGGCUUGGCAGCUGGCUUCAAGUAGUGUUGAAUACCUGAACAUUUUUUGGUCCAAAAUGCUAUCCUCUAACGGAACAUCCCGUGGCUCCAAUGGCAAUCGACUUGAAGUGAUAGCAUCUCAGCUGACACGCACAUUCAUAUCCUCAAAAGUGGAAUCCGUUGCUUCGAUAAUAGAAGGGUCGACUUUGACUGACGAUCCAUUGGAGAAUGAAGAUGCACUCGUUGCUGAUUUGGAAAUUUUUGCUCAUAUUGCUAGAUGCAAAUAUGAUGAAUCGGCAGGAAUAAUUAUAAGCAUUUUCGAUCCUAUCGCGAGAGAAUACCAAGAGCUUAUUCGGCAAGCCUCAAGUAGCCUAAUUAAUCAUUCUCUUACAUCUGCUAUGGAAGUGAUUGAAACUAAAUUUGCGUGGCUGGUGUAUAUAAUUGGUGCUGUCAUUGGAGGCCGGCAGACUUAUAUCAGUACUGAAGAUCAAGAUGUUAUAGAUGGUGAUUUAAGUUGUAAAGUUUUACAACUUAUGAACGUGAAUCAAUCAUAUAGCUCACCACAAGGCGGCAAUAGUGGAUUUGAAAAGUUGGAAUUGGCUUUUAUUUAUUUCUUUCAGCAAUUUCGCAAAAGCUAUAUUGGCGAAAGCACCACGCGUAUAUCUAAAGCAUACAGCAAAUUAUCUACACUUCUUGGAAUUAAUGAUCAAAAUAUGCUUCUCAAUGUGUUAGUUCAAAAAAUAGCGACUAAUCUCGAAGUUUGGGCGACGCGAUCAAAAGUUGUCAAUAGAAGUAUAAAUCUCUUUAAUGACUUAUCUGGCGGAUAUAGUGUUGUAAGACUUCUCCGAAAUCUCGAAACCGUACAUUAUAUUAUCCAAAAUCAUAAUGGCAAAAAUUUCCCUUUUCUCGAUGUAUCCGACAAUCAACGGAUUCGUAUGAUUUAUUAUUCAGCAUUAUCGAGAAUCUUGUUCUCCGAAGAUAAUCCAGAAAAGGAUUUUGAGGAAUUUGUAAAACCGUGGGAUAUGACGUUUCAGGAACUAGCGUCAUUGAAUUCGCUCGAAGCUUACAGACAGCAAGCUGUAAAGGCGACGUUGUUAGGUAUUUUCCGCGAUUUACGAGGAUUCAUUCUCGCUAUAACAGGCCGCAAAAACUUUUUAGUAUUUUUUGAAUGGUUUUACCCAAAGCAUAUGCAAGUUCUCUUGCAUGCCUUAGAGGCUUGGGCUGACGAUCCAUUGGCAAUUUCUAUACUCAAGUUCUUUCAUGAGUUUGUCUUUAACAGGUCAAACAGAUUGACUUUUGAUAUCUCGUCUGCUAAUGGGAUACUUAUGUUCAGAGAAACAAGCAAAGUACUAUGCACAUAUGGCGCUCAAUGGCUAAGGCGUCCUACAAUAACCACUGACAAAUAUACUGAAAAGUAUAAAGGAGUAUCUGUAUGCUUUGGGAUUCUAAUGAAGUCAUUUGUUGGACGUUACGUAAAUUUCGGCGUGUUUGAAUUAUAUGGCGAUAAAGCUCUAGAAUUGGCAUUAAAGACAACUUUUGAUUUGAUCAUCAAUAUACCUUUUGACGAUAUAAUUAUCUAUCCUAAACUUUCACGGGCAUUCUACGAAAUGCUCGACACAUUUAGCAAUGAACAUAUGAUGACGUUGACGGAGAUGAGCUCUGAUACAUUCUUAUAUAUCAUGCGGGCUCUCGCUGCAGGAAUUCAAGAACUUGAUAUCCUUACUAUUCAGCAGACCUCAAAGCCAAAAAUCCAACAGCAUUGGCUGCUUAAUUGUUUUGCACAAUAUAGUGAUAUGCUACCUUACCUAUUUGCAGCGAAUUUUGGCGCGGUUUUAUUUGACGAUCGGGCAACUCAAUGGUCGUUGUCCAGACCGCUAUUGGGAUUAAUCUUAUUGAAUCGAGAUGUAAGUGGCUUCUUUUAUUUGAGAUUUGAAAGAGCUCUUGAUAGUCUGAUGGAGGAGGUCGAACUCAAUCUUACCACAAAAAAUCGAGAUCGGUUUACACAGAAUCUAACCUCAUUCAAGCGUGAAUUAAACAAUAACAAUGUCGCGGAUGCGCUGUUAGAAAUUGGCCACCCACCACAUGGCGGGUUUCUUCAAGAUAUAAUAAUGUAUGCUCCUGAUAUACACACUGCUAAAAUUAGUAAAUGUAUUGGUCCAGCUUUUACGAUAAAGCUUGUUCCUCUCUCGGAACCUGCCCCGAAACUGGAAAAACAUUUUGCAGACGCAGCUCCAGAAGGAAGUAUUGUUGUUGUGUCUGCACCUCCAAAUACACCAAACGCAGCCUGGGGAGGUUUAAUGAACACAAGAGUGCGAAUGCGAGGUGUUAAAGGCGUAGUGGUGGAUGGUCGCAUUCGCGAUUUAGAUGAGUUACGUGAAGAUGGGUUACCUGUAUUUGCCAAAGGCCAAUCAGUCCUCUCCGCGCGUAAAUACACACACCCGUUUGCUCUCGACGUCCCAAUCACAAUUAUCAACACUGGAAUAACAAUCAACCCCGGUGACUUUAUAAUCGCGGAUCUAAACGGGGUUGUUUGUAUUCCUAAAGAGCUUAUAGAUCGCGUACUUGAAUUGUGCGAGAAACAAGUGAAAAUGGACGAUAAUGUGAAAAAAGAUUUGUUGAAUGGCGUGUCGAUCGCUGAAGCUUUUAAAAGGCAUCGUGGAUAG